UAAUAUACUUGGAACUUACAUCCAUUACUCGUAGGCGCACGAUCACCAAGUCAUGGAUAUGAUUUUAAUGAAAACAAAAACAGUUUUUAAUAAUUAAAACCUGGUGGGGUCCAAUAAAGUUUCAGUUAAGUGCGUGCUUCUGUUGUGAAAUAGUGAUUCUUAAACCAUGACUUUUGAACGGCAAACCAUAAUCUCAGUUUUCCUUAUUCUAUCUGGACUGAAAGGAAUAUUCUCAGCAAAUUACGAUAAAGAAAAUUAUUCCUGGAAACAUCGAAUGGAAUACAAAGGGCUACGCAGACUAAACGGAGAAAGCAAUUUUUGGUACCCCGGUCGAAUUACAGACGAAUACAGAGACUAUUCUGCUUCAAAUCCCUUUUCACAUGGUGUAACCAGUAAACAAUUACCUAAAGAGUAUCAUCCUAAACCGCUGAAAUCAGAUUUUUCCGAUUACCAUAAUGAAAACUCGUUUAAACAUGAGCUAUUUAGAAACCAAGACAGAAGACGUCCUGUAAAUCCCAUGGAAAGAAACCAUCACUUUCAUUCGAAUAAUUUCGACAACAGGAAAGGAUUGAUUGAUUACAGAGAUCCAUUUGAUAAUUUCAAUCAACAACAACCAGUAGGAAAUUUGGACCGUCCAGGACGACCCUUCGGAUUCGAUGAAGGAAUAUACGACAAUUUCAAUCCUCGGGAAUUUAUGCUGGGAGGCGCCACCGCACGUCCUCCUGCUGUAGGAGGUGUUCCUGGAACCGGAACCACCGUCUCUCCCUGCGAGCAAUCCUGCCAGACCACCAUGCAAUUCGAUCCUGUUUGCGGUGAUAAUGAUUUCACUUAUCAAAAUUUGGCAAGGUUCAAGUGUGCGGUAGCUUGUGGAAAAAGGGUGAAGAUUCGACGCAUGGGCGCUUGUUCGGUUCCGCAGUGAUUUUGGAAUUAGACUGAUUUUAUUUUUUGUGUUGUGUAACAAUUCCAAACGUGGUACAAUUUGGUAUAAUAAUUUAACUUUAACUUAAUAAUUUAUAAUAAUCAAUAAUGUAGAAAUGGAUGCUCAAGCGCUAUCUGUUGCUUUGCGUUAGAAAUAUACUUCGAAAUUUUAUGUAUUGAUCUGUUCUUAGAAUUGAUUGGAUGUAAUAUUUCAACAAAGCUUCUAACAGAUGGAGCUGUUUCAAUGGAUUUGUGGAAUUCUUUCUUCAAUUCUUCACAAAUCUGAUCGGUUAUUUUAGUAAACUUGAAUGGCUUGUUUCCAAAAUGUGCCAAAUCCAUCAUUUAAAAAUUCUAUAAAUUUACUUUUCUAAUGGUUUUAUAGCAUCUCUUUCAUUUGUCACCAUAUAAUACAUUUUAUAACUUGUGUAUUUUCGUUAUCUAAAGAAAUAUUAUAUUUAUAAAAUGAAGAUUUUUAAUCAAAUAGAAAGAAGAAAUCUUUAUCAAGAGAAACCGAUUUUUUAGGAACUAGUACUUUUUGGAAACAAUCUAUUAAUUAUUUUUAAACAAAGAAGCUGAAACACAUAUACCGGGCGAUUCAUUAAUCAUUAUGGCUGGCGACUAGCAGAUAGUCUGUUUAUGGCGAAUAUCGAUAUCUCAUUUAUCUUUUGAGUGAGGCAUUUUACCUCUAAAACCCCCAAAGGAAUCUCCCGGUAAAAAAACUACAUACAGUUAUGUUUUGUAUUCAAUAAUUAACUUGAAUCUUGCUAAUUAAAGAUUUUCAUCCGA